CUGUGUGACGAGUCGACGAGUUAGCCUUUUUCUAGUUCUAAUUAUUUAUUUCUUCUUAAUUUUAAUUUGUUCGCCUAAUGCCUUCACUGCAGACGUAGUUUUAGGAUGACCAUGGAAAGAAGGAUAAAAUUAAAAACACUAAACAGCCACAUUACAUGCAAGAUCUGCCGUGGAUACUUUAUUGACGCUACCACAGUCACAGAGUGCCUACAUACAUUUUGUAAAAGUUGUCUAGUAAAACAUUUAGAAGAAAACAACACGUGUCCAACAUGCAACAUAGUGAUCCACCAGUCGCACCCGCUCCAGUACAUCAGCUUCGACCGGACAAUGCAGGAUAUAGUUUACAAACUUGUUCCGGACCUACAGGACAAUGAGCUGAAACGUGAACGAGAUUUCUACCGUGCACGGAAUCUACCAUGUCCCAAAGAUGCCGCUUUAGCUAAUGACAAGCCUGGCGGUGGUGAUGAACCAGAGCAACCUGACAACACGGACUGUCAUAGGAAGGAUGAACAGGUCAAUGUGUGUCUGGAGUGUAUAUCAACAUCGCUGAGGACAUUGAAACGUAGCUUCAUCCGGUGUUCGGCUCAGGCUACCAUAACACAUCUGAAGAAGUUUGUAGCUAAGAAAGCAUUAAACGGGAUGGAGAAGUAUAGAGAAAUUGACAUCUUAUGCAACGACGAGCUCCUAGGCAAGGACCACACGCUCAAAUUCGUGUACGUCACCCGAUGGAGGUUCCGGGACCCUCCACUGCGGCUGCAGUAUAGACCCAAGAUUGAUUUAUAGAUAGAUUGAUUGAUUAAUAUAUGAAUUGAUUGAUUAAUAGAAAAUUGAUUAAUUUAUAGAUCAAUUGAUUUGUUUACAGAUGUGAACAUUGAUUUAUAGGUAAAUUGAUUGUUUUAUAGGUAGGCUUGGGAUUUAAACUGUUUAUCGUUCAUGAGGUUGGUGUGGUCAUGUGGACAGGAUGAAUGAACGUCUAUGCAAACACCGUUAAGCAAAUUUACUGUUAUUAUUACAGAUAUAGUAGUUUUUGUGAGUCCUGAUCUUUUAUAAGAUAUCCUUUUUUUUUAAGGGUGUAGGUACUAAGCCUCCGUUGUCUGUCCGUCUGUCCUCACCAGGCUGCAUCUCAUAAAUAAGGGUAGUAGAAAGCUGAUUUCAUCUUCUUUUCUUUUGAAAGAUAGUGUUGGACAAAAAAAAAGAAAUUAUGUACAUGAUUUUACAAACAGUUUAAAUCUCUAAUCCGAUGGAAACCAAUUAAUCCUGUGGUACAUAGUUUUAAGGAUAUGAGAUGAUUUUAUCGCACAAUCUGUCACUUAUUUAAUCACAACUUCGAUUGUAGAAAAUUAUGGUUACAUCAUAGACGUUAGAAUAGUCCUUUAUUGUAACAAAUAGCGACCCGUCCUGGCUGCACACGGGAAGCAUUUAUAUAUACGUAUAAACUUCCUCUUGAAUCAUUCUAUCUAGGUAUUUGAAAAAACUACAUCAAAAUCUGUUGUAAAGUUUAAAAGAUCUAAGCAUACAUACAUACAAAGGGGCAGAAGCAGGAGACUUCUUUAUACUAUGUAGUAGUUUCCAAAGGUUACAGAUAUCAUAUUUUAUUUUCCGAAUUUGAUCCAUUCUGUGUUAGGUUCCUCCUUAGUUGGGUUAAAUGUUACCCCUUCUUUUUCAAGAAGAAAACUGUUCUUACCUGUGUGAUACCAAAAGGUUUACCUAGGUGAUCUGCGGUCAACUUUUUGUACUAGACACCUUGAGGUUGAAAUUAUCUUACAUAUGGCCAUAGAUUUCGUCCCCAGAUAGCCCACAGACUAUGUAAAAAAAACCUAUAAAAUUAGAAUGUAGGUGCGAAGUGUGCAAAGACAGUUAUACAACAUUAUAAAAAAAAUAAUGUUAUUUUAAAACCAUAUUUUUAGUCUUUUGAUGUAUUGUGCUGUAACCAUAAUAAUUAUUUUGUCUGAUUGAAGCAUGAUUUAUUUUAAAUUCACAACAAUAUGAAUUUGAUAUAAAUAUGUGCAAUGUCCCCUAAUACAAAAAUACUUAUAUAUUUUCUGAAACUACAUACCUACCUACUUUUAAUAUUAUUAGAUUUUUUACGUGUAGAAGCAAUGUUUUCUUAAUUUUUUGUUGAAUUGUUUUUCGUAGACAUACCUUUUUUGUUGCCGUUUAAUUUGAACACCAACCAAUUUUAAGAACUUAUUUAUAUAAUCAUAAUUGAUUCCUACGUCUUUAUCAUAAAAGCCUAACUUAUAACUAAUUAAACAAAUUUGGUAUAUUUGUACAGUGUCCUUAAGCGGAGUCCUUAGAAUUGGGUGGUGCAAUAACUCUUUAGUUUCUUCAUUUUAUUAACUGAAAGGAGAAGACUUCAGAAUUGUUUAGUUUUUACUUAAAGAAAGACUCAUUUUAUUUAUAAGCAAUCUAAAUAAAAUGUAAUUUGGUUAUAAUAGAUAUAAAUAAAUGAAUUUUAUUAUUUAAAUAAAUACAUAAGUGAACCUGAAUAUAUUAUUUGAAAGAA